ACCAAAAUCGAAAAGAUUUAUUUCCCAGACUCUCUCACUUUUGCUCAGGCGAUUCAGAUCUUGGCGACAACCUCAUUAGGGUUCUUAUUACAGCUUCUGUUAUAAUCUGGAAAGGUUCGUACUUUAUCUGUGUAACUCGGUGUUGGGUUUGGGUGUUUCUGCAGCUUAGAAUUUCAAUCUAUGGGUAGGCACGAUAGUUCCUCCGAGGAAGAGGAGAGAGUGAGAAGAGAUAGAAGCCCAGAUGAGAGCUCGCGAAGAGAUCUAGAGAUUGGUGGUGUUGCACAUAAGAUGAGAGCAGAUAGCUCCUCAGAUGAGGAAUCAGGUAGGCGGUCUAGGAAGAAUCGAAGAGAAGUAGACUCUGGUUCUGACGACGAUGAUAAAGAGAGAGAUAGAGGGAAAAGAGUGGAAGUAGAUGAUGCUACUGUUCGUGAGAAGAGGGCAAGUAAAGAGAGGACUUCUUCUGAUGAAGAAGAUGAGAACCAUCUUUCAAAGGUUACUGGAGAUGUUGAUGAUGAUUAUGAAAGGAAGAGAAGUCCCAAAGGCAGGGAGAGGCAUGAUAGAGAGAGGACUCAUAGGGGUAGUAGAGUCUUAGCUGAUAAGCCUUCUGGUAAAGAAGAUGACAGACAAAAGAGCAGGAGAGGUGGGAGAGAAAGCGAGAGGAAACGUAGAGAUCAUCAAGCAUCUGACGACGAUGAGGAAGGUGAGAUUAGGAACAGGAGAAGAGGGAGAGAGAGGACUGAUAGAGGUAACGAAGGUCUCUUAAAGAGAGAUCGGAGGGAGAGAGACUGGUCUGAUAGGCAUCGGAGGGACGAUGGAGGUAGAGAUGAAAAGGAGAGGCGACACAGUGACAGAUAUAGCGAUAGCCAAACAGACAAGUUGAGAAAGGAAGAGAAGAGUGAAGCUGCAAAGCCCAAGCUGCCAGAGCUCAACCCAUCUGAUAGCAAUGCUAUUGCUUUGGGAAAAUCUGGCGGAGUUUAUAUCCCUCCGUUCAAGCUAGCACGCAUGAUGAAGGAGGUGGAAGAUAAGAGCAGUGUAGAGUAUCAGCGUCUAACAUGGGACGCUCUCCGUAAAAGUAUUAACGGGCUGGUCAAUAAAGUCAAUGCAAGUAACAUCAAGAACAUAAUCCCUGAACUGUUUGCUGAGAACCUCAUCAGAGGAAGGGGACUUUUCUGCCGUUCAUGUAUGAAGUCUCAAAUGGCGUCUCCUGGAUUCACUGACGUCUUUGCAGCUCUAGUCGCUGUUAUCAACGCCAAGUUCCCUGAAGUUGCUGAACUUCUAUUGAAAAGGGUCGUUUUGCAGCUAAAGAGAGCUUAUAAGCGUAAUGACAAGCCUCAAUUGCUAGCUGCUGUUAAGUUUAUAGCACAUCUAGUGAACCAGCAAGUGGCUGAGGAAAUCAUUGCACUUGAAUUAGUCACUGUACUUCUGGAAAACCCGACUGAUGACAGUGUGGAGGUGGCUGUUGGUUUCGUUACAGAGUGUGGUGCGAUGCUUCAGGACGUUACACCAAAAGGAUUGCAUGGGAUUUUUGAGCGGUUUCGUGGUAUACUGCACGAGGGAGAGAUUGAUAAGAGAGUUCAGUAUUUGAUUGAAGGGCUCUUUGCUAUUAGGAAAGCGAAGUUUCAGGGACAUCCUGCUGUUCGUCCUGAGUUGGAUCUUGUGGAAGAAAAAUAUUCGCAUGAUAUAUCUAUUGAUGACGAAAUAAAUCCUGAAACCUCUCUUGAUGUUUUCAAACCUGAUCCUGACUUCCUUGAGAACGAAAAGAAGUACGAGGUCCUGAAGAAGGAAUUACUCGGUGAGGAUGAGUCUGACGAUGAAGAUGGCUCUGAUGCUAGUUCUGAGGAUAACGAUGAUGAGGAAGAUGAUUCUGAUGAAGAAGAAGAUGAAGAACAAAUGAGAAUAAGAGACGAGACAGAGACCAAUCUUGUUAAUCUUAGGAGGACAAUAUACCUGACCAUUAUGUCUAGCGUUGAUUUUGAGGAAGCAGGUCACAAGUUACUUAAAAUUAAACUUGAGCCAGGCCAAGAGAUGGAGCUAUGCAUAAUGCUCCUGGAAUGUUGCUCUCAGGAGAGAACGUACCUGCGUUACUACGGUUUGUUGGGUCAGCGUUUCUGUAUGAUCAACAAGAUUCAUCAAGAGAAUUUUGAGAAAUGUUUUGUUCAGCAGUACUCAAUGAUCCACCGGCUUGAGACGAACAAGCUGCGUAAUGUGGCUAAGUUUUUCGCCCAUUUACUGGGCACAGAUGCACUCCCCUGGCAUGUGCUUGCCUACAUUCGCUUAACUGAGGAGGACACAACUUCGUCGUCCCGUAUCUUCAUUAAGAUCCUUUUUCAGGAAUUGUCAGAACACUUGGGGAUUAGGCUGCUUAAUGAGAGGCUUCAGGAUCCAACAAUGCAGGAGUCACUUGAAUCCAUCUUUCCUAAAGAUAAUCCAAAGAACACGAGGUUUGCAAUCAACUUCUUCACCUCCAUUGGUCUUGGAGGCAUCACGGAGAAUCUGAGAGAGUACCUGAAGAACAUGCCACGGCUCAUCAUGCAACAACAGAAGCAAGUUGCAGAAUCAACAUCAUCGUCUGGAUCCGACAGUUCUGGUUCUGAGUCAGAUUCAUCGACUUCUUCUUCUUCUUCUUCUUCUAGUUCGGAUGAAAGCGACAGAGAGAAGAGGAAGCGAAGAAGAAGAUCUUGAGAGAGUCUGUUUUCUUUGUCAAUUUUCAACGAAAAAAUCUUCAAGUUCUUGUGUUGGUUAUUGAAUCUUGAAUUUACAUGAGCAGUCAUUUAGCUUCUGUUAUUUUGCAGAAGCUGAUGAACAAAGAGACUAUAGACUAUAAGCUAAGACGAUCAAGAUUGUGAACAGAAAUGUUUUCUUUGUUACUAUGAUUGUCUUCCAAGUUUAAAAUAUCUCUUUUCAAUAAAAUUUGAUCUUUAUUUUUUUUUAGCUAA